AAAACCGAAGAAACAGGAAUGCCUGGGUUUCGAUUGGGCGCCAUGGCUGGUGCCGCUCUCUUUUCUUCUUCUUCUUCCUCUUCCUCUUACAUGGUAGCUCUAAAGCAUCCAUGCUUCUCCACUGCUUCUGCAAAACCUAAAUUCUUUCAUGGAGUUUGUUUCAGAAAUCAAAACCGGUUCUUCCAUCGCUUCACUAAUGGCACUUCGCUCCGUUAUUUCGCAUCCGCGGUUGCUAACGAAAAGAUCAAAGUUCAGAACCCCAUCGUCGAAAUGGAUGGCGAUGAAAUGACGAGGAUCAUUUGGAGCAUGAUAAAGGACAAGCUUAUCUUUCCGUAUCUGGAUUUAGACAUAAAAUACUACGAUUUGGGGAUACUAAAUCGAGAUGCUACCGAUGACAAGGUUACUGUGGAAAGUGCUGAAGCCACUCUCAAGUAUAAUGUUGCUGUGAAAUGUGCAACCAUAACUCCUGAUGAAACCAGGGUUAAGGAAUUUGGGCUAAAGAGUAUGUGGAGGAGUCCCAAUGGCACAAUAAGAAAUAUUUUAAAUGGUACUGUUUUCCGUGAACCCAUCCUGUGUCGGAAUAUUCCCAGGAUUGUUCCUGGUUGGAAGAAACCCAUAUGCAUUGGCAGACAUGCAUUUGGUGACCAGUACCGUUGUACUGACACAAUCAUCAAGGAACCUGGAAAGCUUAAAAUGGUUUUCGUCCCAACAGAGGGGGGCAAGCCCAUGGAGCUGGAUGUUUAUGAUUUCAAGGGUCCUGGAAUUGCACUUGCCAUGUACAAUGUUGAUGAGUCUAUUCGAGCUUUUGCUGAGUCAUCAAUGUCAAUGGCAUUUACGAAGAAAUGGCCUCUUUACUUGAGCACCAAGAAUACAAUCCUUAAGACAUAUGAUGGAAGGUUUAAGGAUAUCUUCCAGGAGGUAUAUGAAGAGAAAUGGAAGCAGAAGUUUGAAGAGAAUUCAAUAUGGUAUGAACAUCGCCUUAUUGACGACAUGGUGGCUUUUGCCAUAAAAACCGAUGGUGGAUAUGUAUGGGCUUGCAAAAACUAUGAUGGAGAUGUCCAGAGUGAUUUACUAGCUCAAGGAUUUGGUUCUCUGGGCCUCAUGACAUCUGUGUUGUUAUCUUCUGAUGGUAAAACAUUAGAAGCAGAAGCGGCUCAUGGAACUGUAACACGGCAUUUUAGGCAGCAUCAGAAGGGACAAGAAACUAGUACUAACAGUAUCGCUUCCAUUUUUGCAUGGACACGGGGGCUUGAGCAUAGGGCUAAACUUGAUAAGGAUGAAAGGUUGCUGGAUUUUGUAACAAAGCUAGAGACUGCAUGUGUUGAGACAGUGGAAACAGGGAAAAUGACGAAGGACCUUGCUCUUCUGAUCCAUGGACCAAAAGUAACUAGAGACUUCUACUUGAAUACAGAGGAAUUUAUUGAUGCUGUUGCACAGAAUCUCGAGGCAAAGCUCUUUACUCAAGGUAGUGUUUGAAUAAUUUGUAGCAGCAGAGAGAAUCAUAUGAGUCAUGUGAGGUGGUUGGACUGUAUAUGUACACGAGCACAUUUGUUU